AUGCCCCUCCUAAGACAUAGCUUCUUUUUCUCAUUCACUAUCAUCAUCAUUUCAUUUGUUUCUUGUAAUAGCAACUUGCAAAAGGACCCACUUAUUGCUACAUACGUUGAUAAUUCACCUUAUGAUGAUGGUGGCACAAUAUUAUUCAAGAACUUGAUCAAAGAAAACUCAAAUAAUGUUUUGAAAUUAAACAAGUUUGGUGGAACUUCGUCACGUAGAAUAGAUAUUGUUAAUGUCAAUGAUUAUGGAGCUAAAGGCGAUGGUUAUUCAGAUGAUACACAGGCAUUCAAGAAGGCUUGGGAAGUGGUAUGUUCUUCAGGGGAAUCAGUUUUUGUGGCACCUCAAGAUAAUAAUUAUCUACUCAAACCAAUAAGAUUCUCUGGUCCUUGCAAAUCUAACAUAACAGUCCAGAUACUUGGAAAUCUUGAAGCAUCAGAUAAACUAUCAGAUUACAAGAAAGAUAAAAGGCACUGGCUUGUAUUUGACAGUGUUCAGAAACUAUUAGUUAAUGGUGGUGGAACCAUUAAUGGAAAAGGAAACAUAUGGUGGCAAAACUCAUGCAAAAGGAACAAAGGGAGACCUUGCAAGGAUGCUCCAACGGCUCUAACAUUUGAUAGUUGCAAGGAUUUGAUAGUUCAAAAUUUGAACAUCCAUAAUGCCCAACAAAUUCAUAUUUCAUUUCAAGAUUCAAAUAAUGUUACUGUUUCUGGUCUCAACAUAUUAUCACCAGAAGAUAGUCCUAACACCGAUGGGAUUCAUGUCACCAACACGCAAAAUAUCAAAAUCUCUAGCUCUAUCAUAGGAACAGGUGAUGAUUGUAUAUCAAUUGUACAUGGAUCUAUGAACGUAGAAGCUACAAACAUAACUUGUGGACCUGGCCAUGGCAUCAGCAUUGGAAGCUUGGGGGCUGGAAAAUCCAAAGAAUUUGUUUCUGGAGUAAUAGUAAAUGGAGCUAAGAUUUCUGGAACUCAAAAUGGAGUUAGAAUUAAGACUUGGCCGGGAGGCUCAGGAAAUGCUAGCAAUAUCAAAUUUCAAAACAUUGAAAUGGACAAUGUGGCCAACCCUAUAAUAAUAGACCAAAAUUACUGUGAUAAGAAAAAAAAGCCAUGCAAAAAAUCGAACUCUGCGGUUCAAAUAAGCGAUGUGUUGUACGAGAAUAUAAUAGGUAAAAGUGCUUCUGAUGUAGCAGUGAAUUUUGAUUGCAGCAAGAAAUUUCCAUGCCAGCAUAUAGUAAUGCAGGACAUAGACUUGCAGUAUGAAGAAGAAGGAGAAGCUGCUAAGGCUUUAUGCAACAAUGUUGAUUUGUCUUACAAAGGACAAGUUAUCCCUCGUUGCAACUCAUAA